UUCUAACUGUGAUGAAUUCCUGUCGAUUAAAUUUUUGUUCCGGUGGGGGUGAGGUGGCUAUUAGUAACUACAGUCUACCAUCGUUUAUUGAUCAUGCAAGUGAUACUCUCUAAUUUCCAUGUAAACUAUUGUCAGAUAAAGAUAUUGAUUAUGUUAUCUGAAUGAUGUCAUGGAAGUUAGAUUAGAAAAAUUCCCUGAAUAUUAAUUGAUCGUCUUCAAUAAGUUGAGCUUAUGAAGGACGACGUUUUUUCUAUCAUUUUUUGUAAUCGAUCUAUUAUUUAUAUAUGUAUUUACUUACUUACUUCAGACUCUUACACCUCAUGGAGGAGCAUAGACUGUCUACCAGCAUUUUUCAUCGGACUCUAUCAUGUGCAAUCCUUUUCAGUUGUUUCCAGUUGUUAUUCAUUCUUUUCAUGACCAUUUCUAAAUCACAACGCAAUGUGUUCGUUAUUCUUCCCCUUUUCGUUUUCUCUUCAAGAUUUCAACUUAAGGCUUGACUUGUGAUGCCAUUUGAUGAUUUCUUCAAUGUAUGUUCUAUCCACCUAUCUGUGAAUAUUAACUGAUAUUCAAUUGAUGAAUUCGGUUAGCUAGUAACAAAACACAAGUAUAAGUAAAGAUGUCUAAUGGCUCGUAAAGGAGUUGAUGACGCGUAUUUCGUUCUAUUUUAGACUCGUCAGAUGGAUGUACCUGCAUCUAAGAGUUGAUACUGACUCUGGGACUCGAAGCCAAUAUUGUUCGGUACAAACGCCAUAGUGUUAUUCACUUAUGUUAGGACUGAAAUUGAUCAACCUCUUAUUGGCAUAUGUGCACCUUCUGAGGAUUCAUUCGAUAGUGACAUAUAUAUCACAAAACCUGAAAGUACUGAAUGACUGUUUCGUCCUAGUAUAGGACUCCUCAGCAGUGCAUAUCCACGAUCCCGCUCACAGGAUCCGGAACCUCGUUUUAUCGGUCUCGCUCGCGAACACUUAACCUCUAGAUUACUAAACCGGUAUCUGAUGAUGUUAAUGUCUAACCUCAACCAAUUCUCGAAAUUGAAUCAUCGUCUACCAUUGUCUAUCUCACAACAGACCCUGUUGAACUCCCGUAUCAGGUCGAAACGGUCAUACAGUGCUUUCAGGUUUUCAUGAUGACCUAACUUCAAUUGACUCAUGAAUUCAAUUACUAAAUUACUAUAGUAUCCCUAAAAAACCCCUCUCUGAUCAUUAUGAUGUGUUGAC